AGAAAUAACGUACACAUAUAUGUUUGUAACAAGUUUCCUUUUUUGCUAUUCAGUUAAUACGUAUUUAUUUGGCUAACUCGCUUCUGUUUAGCUUCACUGUAUUGUGGUGGAACUGACGUUUUACGCCUCAUGGUGAACACGGACAGAAUAAACGUAACAACGUGUUCCCAGCUCGAAGCACCUUCUGGCUGACCUCCGGGAGAAAAAGUGUCUAAAAUAUGAGGUUUUCAACCUGAAACAGAGAUGUUCUCUGUUAUAUUUAGAAGGAGCACCUUUACUGCCCAGAAGGUGUUGCACUGGGCAGGUCCUCCGCAAAGAUGCUGGAUAUCAUCCCUGGCCGGAGCUUCUGAUGGUGGAUCCAGCAGCCCAGCGACUUGCUGGGCUUCAUCAGCCAGGCUGCCCUGUGCAGAACGGGCUGCUGGACGAGCAAAAACUGCUGCUAUACUUGGUUUCAUGAGGACUGAACCCUUCCACAGGACCCAGACUCAUUGCGCUGCAUUUUUAGUGAGGAACCAACAUUUCCACUCUUCUGCUGUGAGGCAGAAGAAGCGACCAAAGCCUGAACCGCCUCCCAGAGAGCUGGAUCUGCUCCGCUAUGACAUGAAGGACUUGUGGAAGAGUCCCAAACCUGCCCUGUACCUGGGGUUUGCAGGGCUGAUCCCCUUCGUCUCCCCUACUCUGCUCAUGGCUAUGAGUGAGAUGUACUUCCCAGAGCUGGCUUACGCCCAGUUAGCUUACGGCGCCUCUAUCGUUUCCUUCUUGGGUGGAGCUCGCUGGGGAUUUGCACUUCCUGAGAGCAGCCCUGCCAAACCUGACUGGAUAAACCUGGCCAACAGCGUGGUUCCCUCCCUGAUAGCCUGGGUGGCCAUGCUGAUGAGUGACAGCAUCGUCCCUGCAGCCACCAUGGUUAUCAUGGGACUUGGAAUCUCGCUGCAUUAUGAUCUGUCUCUGCUGCCCACUUACCCCAGCUGGUUCAAAGCCCUGCGCUCCGUCCUGACCGCCGUGGCAUUUUUUUCUCUUGUAGGGACACUCAUAAUGAAUGGAAUUUACCCAGAAAAGAAGAUUUUCUCAGAUUAAUAAUAUAAAAAAUAUUCAAAACAGUGUUACUAUGUUUUUAUUUUGAUGAUCGAACUUCAAGUUUUUUCUUGAUAUUGGAAGUUUCUGCCCCACUUGACCAUCUUAAUGACUGUCUGUGUGCUUUUGUUAGGCUGUAAGUUAUGUUGUACAUUUUACAGAUCAUGAACUCAACUCUGUAAAAGCAGAACGUUUCAUGUGCAGCCAUCUUUCAUAAGGAGGCUGCAAUGAAAUAUAUUCAUGGAUGUUUCCUCUCUAACAAAAUUCCUCCUCAGGCCGUUACUUCAAAGCCUUUUAUGUGUAGAAUUUUUGUAUGUUAGUGAACCAUCCUUAAAUUAUUCUGAUGGAAUAAAUGUUUGUCAGUGACUUUUUUUGACCACCGGGAGGCGCCAAAGUCAAAUUCUACAUUUGCAUAAUCAUUAAAAGAACUGAACAAGUGAACAAGUUCAUGCUCAACGAUUAUCAAAUAAAUGCACUUGUAACUUUAAA